UCAUUCUUUCCUUUCAUUCGUUUGAAAGCUAUCUUUGUUGUCUUUUGUAAUUUUUUUUGUAUUUUCCCCGCUUUCAACGCACCUUUAACUUUUCGAUUAAUUUAGGUUAUUGAAACAUGUCUGAACGUGGGAGAGGAAGAGCUCGCGGACGAGCUGGUCGCGGGGGGGAAGGCGUUGGCCCACCGCCACGUCGACCCGGUGAGCAUCCUAGGCCCGCUCCGCAACAAGGUGGUCCGCGUCCUCAACCGCCGUUAGCAUGGGGCCCGCCAACUGUCGCACCACCAGUGCGAGCUGGUGUGCCAACUCCUACAAUACAAGCUGGCCGAGCUUCGCAUCGGACUACACCUACCACACAUGACCACCCUGGAGAUGUUGACAUCCAACAGCGAAUGCAAAAGAUUGAUAUUGGUCAGUCGUCACAAGCAUCUGCUGGUGGUGAUGCAGGGGGUGUGGUUGGACGAGGAUCUCGACGUGGUGGAGGCAGAGUGUUGCCUGAACAAAUGACUAUAUUGCGCACACGUCCCACUACUGUACAGUCUAAAAAAGGUACCUCGGGAACUCCCCUGGACCUGAUCGCAAACUACUUCACGGUAAAAACAACACCACAAUGGAGCCUGUACCAGUACCAUGUGGACAUAUCACCCGAGGAAGACAACACCACUGUACGUAAAGGCCUGCUCAGAGUGCAUCAGAAAACUCUUGGAGGAUACUUAUUUGACGGCACUGUCCUAUAUACAGUUAGAAAACUCCAUCCAGAUCCAAUGGAAUUAUAUUCUGAUAGAAAGACAGAUGGUGAACGAAUGCGAAUACUCAUAAAGCUUACAUGCGCCGUGAGCCCCGGUGAUUACCAUUACAUUCAGAUUUUUAAUAUCAUCAUUCGCAAAUGUUACAACUUGCUACAACUACAGCUUGUUGGUAGAGACUUUUUUGAUCCACUUGCUAAGAUCGACAUCCCUGAGCACAAACUACAAAUUUGGCCAGGUUACAAAACUACAAUUAACCAAUAUGAAGAUCGUUUGUUGAUGGUGACAGAAAUUACACACAAGGUAUUGCGCAUGGACAAUGUCCUCCAAAUGUUAAAUGAGUAUGCUGCCACCAAAGGCAACUACUUCAAGAAGAUUUUCUCAGAAGACAUCGUAGGAAAGAUAGUCAUGACUGAUUACAACAAGCGAACAUACAGAGUUGAUGAUGUAACAUGGGAAGCUAGUCCUCGAUCCACUUUCAAAAUGAAGGAUCAAACAAUUUCCUACAUUGAUUAUUAUUACAAGAAAUACAACAUAAGGAUCCAAGAUGCUUCACAACCAAUGCUGAUAUCCCGAUCGAAGCCACGUGAAAUCCGCGCCGGUAUGCCGGAGUUGGUGUACUUAGUGCCAGAGCUGUGCCGCCAGACUGGGCUCUCUGAUGCUAUGAGAUCCAAUUUCCAAUUGAUGAGCGCCCUCAACAACCAUACCAAGAUUGGGCCCGCCAUCCGUAUACAAAAAUUGCUCAGUUUUAAUCGCCGUCUCACACAAAAAAAGGAGGUGGUUGAGGAAUUAGGAACAUGGUCAUUGAAGCUGUCUGAUGAUCUUAUCAAAUUCAAAGGACGCCAACUCCCCGCCGAGAAUAUUUUCCAAGGUUGUGAAGCUAAAUAUCCAGCUGGUGAUACCACUGAAGGCUGGACACGCGAUAUGCGAUCAAAGCAGUUGCUAUCGCUUGCUCAACUUCCAUCAUGGGUUGUAAUCACGCCGGAGAGACAACGCCGUGACGCCGAAAAUUUCACAGAACUUAUCAUGAAAACUGGCGGUGGCGUAGGAUUCCGCAUGCCCAGACCAGAAAUUGUUGUGAUCCAGCGUGACGGUCAUAUGGAUUAUGCCAACAUGUGCGAAAACGUGAUUGCGAGGAAAAAUCCUGCUCUCAUCUUAUGUGUCCUUGGAAGGAACUUUUCUGACAGAUAUGAAGCUAUCAAGAAGAAAUGCACAGUAGACCGCGCUGUGCCGACACAGGUGGUCUGCGCGCGUAAUAUGACCAGCAAGUCUGCUAUGUCCAUUGCAACCAAAGUUGCUAUUCAAAUUAAUUGUAAGCUUGGUGGAGCACCGUGGACCGUGUCGAUUCCACUGAAAAAUUUGAUGGUGGUGGGCUAUGAUGUGUGCCAUGACACUCGCUGCAAGGAGAAGAGUUUUGGCGCCUUCGUGGCCACGCUAAACCAAGCAAUGUCACAGUAUUAUUCCAUUGUGAACGCCCAUACAUCGGGUGAAGAGCUUAGCGCCCACAUGGGAUUCAAUAUUGCAUCAGCGGUACGAAAAUACAAGGAGAGAAAUGGUGUGCUGCCCAACCCCAUCUUUGUAUAUCGUGAUGGUGUGGGCGACGGACAAAUACCAUAUGUCCUCAGCCAUGAGGUCGCUGAGAUUAAGAAAAAGUUGACAGAGAUUUACGGCGGUACGGACUACAAAUUUGCAUUCGUCAUCGUGUCGAAACGCAUCAACACGAGGAUAUUCGUAGAUCGCGGACGUAGUGGGGACAAUCCACGUCCCGGUACAGUUAUUGAUGAUGUCGUCACAUUGCCGGAAAGGUACGACUUUUAUCUCGUAUCACAAAAUGUACGCGAAGGCACCAUUGCUCCGACGUCAUACAAUGUAAUCGAGGACAGCACAGGUCUUUCGCCCGAUCGUAUGCAACUACUCACAUACAAGCUGACGCACUUGUACUUUAACUGCUCGACACAGGUUCGCGUGCCUUCCGUGUGCCAAUACGCACACAAGCUUGCGUUCCUGGCCGCAAACAGUUUGCAUAACCAGCCUCAUCAGUCGCUCAGCGAGACUUUAUAUUUUCUAUAAAUGUUUUUAUUUUUUAUAUACUUUUUCGUUUUAGAUUAUAAAAUGAACAGCAGUACUCAACUAGACAGCAUGAUAUUGUCCUUGAACAGUCAUGUUGAGUAAUGCAUAUUUUGUUGAUUAAAACUUGUUGUCUAGCUAUAAGAUUGUGCAUUUGACUACUUUUUUUUACUAUACCUGAUUGUACCUCAUACAAUAUAAUUUUUAGUUGUACUUUCGUAGUGUACUCCGAAUGAAUGAUGAGUCAUUGUUGAAUUUAUAAUUAACUUUAACUAAUAUCAAGUCAAUGCAACAGAUUUCUGAAUAUAGUUCUUUAAACCUAUCUGUAUAAUUAUCAAAUUUUAUAAAAACAAUAACAUUUUUGUAAUUUAAUGUAUUAAGAGUGUUCCUUCUUUAGCUUACCGAAGUGUGGCGACGUCACAAUUAUCUAUUAAUUUCCAAAAACAAUAUUUUUUUUGUAAUUGAUUAUUUUAAAAGUGCUCUACUAGUUAACUAAAACUUUAAUCAUUGCAAACGUUGGAUACAAUGCCACCACUAAAAACUAUCCACCUAUUUAGCAUUAGAAUGUUUUAAUUACUUCUUAUUUAUUUUUAAUUCAAAUUUCAAUGGCAGCUCAAUAAGAAUAUUAUUGCAUGAUUAACUUUUUGGUUCGCUAGCAACAGAAUACAUUAAAAUGAUCAACCAGAGACAUUCAAAUUUUUUUUUUUUAUAAAUAAUUACAACAUUGCCACACUUAGUAAAGUACUGCGUUUAUUAUUAUAUAUUAUAGUAUUAGUAAGUAGGCAAUGUCGUAAACUACUUACUAAAGAAUAAACUGUUUAAAAUAUAUAGAUAAAUUUGAAAACUUAUAUUCAGAUUCUGCCCAUAAAUAUGACAAGUGAAUGUGAUACUACUAUUACUUUUGUAUUAUUAAUUUGCUAACAACAUGCCAAUAAUGGUUUGUCAGUAUAUAAAUUGUAAAAGUAUUAUGUUGUCAACUUAAGUAUGAAUAAUAGCUUUUACCCUACAUUUCUUUGGUUGCAUUUAUCAUUUAUAUUAGACAACCAUUCCAUAUUUGUUUACAUUUUUCAUUUACAUUAUUUCAUAGCUAUAUUGUAAAGUGUGACUGAAGUUGCAUUUUUCUGUCUGAAUUUUUGAUCUGAGGUAAAAUAUAAAGUACAAACAUGUUUGUAUUUUAUUAAAACUAUUGUUUAGGUAUAAGAAAUGCCAAAAAAUUGGCAUUUACUAAGUAUAGGUUUUUUACUGUGGUUGGUGCUUUGUGUCAACGUAUGUUCGAACAUUGUGAUUUUCUAAAAAGUUAAAAGAAGAUUGAUAUUUGAAAACAUUUAUUUUUACUGAAGAGGGUCGGGUGAAUUGAUGAUAAGAGCUAUUUUCCAGUAGGUAACAAAAUGGCCUGCUUUUUUUGUUUUAUACAUUCCACCCUCUUAUUUCUCGCCAUAUUAUAAUCGUUAUAUAUUUUAAGAAAUAAAGAUGAUUUUUGUAAUCAUGA